UUGGAAUAUAUUUAUCGGAAAUAAAUUUCGAGCUCAAAACCAGCAACAACAAAAUUAUUGAAAAUGUGCGCAGCGUGCCGCGGUGGCUGCGGUCGUUGCGUUGGACGCUGCAGCUGCUCCGGCUGCUGUGGCCCCAAGCCGGAUGUCCGUUGUGGGCAAUAUCCGGAGAAGCAGCAGUCCGUAUCGAAAUAUCGCUGGUUCCGGCAUUGCACCACAGACGGUUGCCAAAAAUGCCAAAAGGAUUCUGAUGAUGAUGAUGAUAAUGAAGAUGAUAAUGGUCUCGAUUGCGAUUGCAUUUGCCGCCGUAAUCGUCACAUUAUCGAAGCGCUCAGCUGCCUAUUCUCGUGCUCGAUCCAAUAUAUGGUAUCGAUAUUGUUCAAAUUGGCCUAUCGGCAGCAGCAGCCGCUCAAGCGAUUUCCCCGCGAUCGUGUCUGGGAUGUCAUGGAGCACGUUAAGGCGCCAUACACAGAGCUAAACGAUCUGGACAUAUAUGACAGCAUGUACGAUCGGUGUGGACUGCCCAUUGAUCCGUUCGAUACUGACAAUAUGCUAAAGAUUGUACGGCUCAUGUUCCUGACAUCGGUGCUAACGAUUGACCAGGAAAAGUAUUUGCUGAACCUGCUGCAGCGCCUCAAUGCCAAGGCCAACUGUCCGGUUCAUCUCGAUAUGCUGCUCCAGACGCUCGAGGGCGUUGAUCUGAAGAGGCUGGUGUGCAGCCUGCGCGACCAGGAGAAGCUCACGCAAAGCUUGUACACAUCCCGCCUGUGCAAUAGCAUUUGCAAGCUGUACAGCAAAGUGGCCACCGUUGACAAGCACGUGGUUCGCCGCAAUAGGAUCAGGCGCCGCAAUAAGUAUAAUAAUAAAAAUCCAGCCGCCGGCAGCGAUCAUGUCGAGGAGGCGCCACCAACACGUCAAUCUGUAUUGAAUCGCCAGUAUUGCGAUCGGAAGCCCUCGGCCCAAAACGAGGCGAAUCCCUCACCGACAUCCACCAUUAAAGCGACAUCCAAUCGUUUAAGUAAUCCAGCAACAAGGGGCAUGCGCUAUUCUGGUACCGCCAACGGCAGGCGUUACUACAGUAGCAGCAUGACCAAAUGAAUAAGGCCAACAAGCCAGCACAGCAUUUCUGGCACAGAUGGCUCACAUUACGGACACGACGUGACUGGGCCGUGUGGUGGUCGGGGCCUUGUGAGGGUGAUGGGGGGUUGCAUUGAAAGCAGCCAAUAAUGCACUUUUCUAAUUUUGUUGUUGUUUGGCAUCGAAAAACACACAAUUAUAAACAUUAAAUUACACAUGUCUAUA